AUGUCGUGCAACCAACAGCCCGUUGUCGCGGAGCGGCGCGCAAAGAAGGAUUUGGGGGGAAAGAACGACGAGGCCCGGGAGCGGAAGCGCAUGCAGAACCGGGAUGCGCAGCGAGUGUACCGCCUGCGUUUGAAAUCAAACAUGGCCGAGCUCGAGCGUCUCAAGGCGCAGAACAGCGAAGACAGUCUCCGGCAGCAGGCCGGCCACCAGCAGCCGGGCUUCCACCACCCGGUCUGCUCGAGUUUCCAGGCCGACGCCAGCCUGCAGCGGUACGGCACCGCGACGCCGGACUCCCCCGACCCCACGUCGCUGGCCGCCCUUCACCUCGACAUGGACCUGCACGCCCUGCCCGAGACGGAGCUAUACAGCCUGCAGAGGCACGAGCACGCAGACAUCUCGAGCUGGCAAAAUGGGACGUUGCCCGCCGACCACUUGGCCGCCCAGAUGCCCUUUGGCAACGGCGUCGGCGCGGCCACGCCCAGAUCCCCCACGCACACGGAGGCCUUUGCGCAGCUGUUUGGCCGCGUCAUGGCCGAGGUGGAGGCUGCCGGGUACGCGUCCCUCGACGCCUUCCUCGCGACCUACUACGCCAGGACGUUUGACGCCUCGUCCCCCUUUGCCAUCCCGCAGCAGGUCAGCCGCGGGGUCGGGCUGCCCCGGCUCCUCGCCGACCUGGUGCCCCUGAUGUGCGGGUCGGGCGCGUGUGAGGAUUCCGGCAUCUACCGCGACAUGGCCGUCACCAUGGCGCAGCAGGUCCUGCAGAUGGAGGUGGCCAGGACGAGCGACUCGGUGCGCGCCCGGCUGGACCGGUUUAUGGAGCUCCUCGAGCCGGAGUUCGGGGCCGUCGGGGCGUCCGCCUCCUUUGCCGAGCUGAGCAACCUCCUGCAGGCCGAGCAACCAAACACGUGGGCGCUGCUGCACGCGCUCGCCGGGGCCCGGACGGGCGGCCUGGCCGACCCUUCCACCAUGACCACGAUGAUGUUGAUGCUGAACUGUGCGGGGUCCGUGGACAAGCAGGCCUCAAAGGACGUGUUUGUCUCGCUGAUGCAGCUAGUCAAGUAG